AUGGUUCAUCCAGAAGUGCAUCCAAUACAUCAUGGCGUCCAGAUCGAGUUCGUGCACAUGUUGGACACCUUGGAGUCCGACACGGCGAAGCCCUUCAUCAUCCCGAUCGUCGGCCUCGUCAUAGGUAUUUUCAUGAUGAACCUCAACAGAUGCAUGGAUAUGGAGCAUGGACAGAGCGUGAGCACCGUGGGGAAAUUGGUCCUCUACUUUGGUGCUCAGUCCUUUAUGAACAUCUUCAUGGGUUGGGUCUUCCGCACGCAUGUGACGCUGCCACAGGGCUACCAGCUGCCGAACGGUGAGACGUUGAUGGAGGACCUCCACGGUUGCCCGGUGGGCUUUGCUUUGACAGCGAUGCAGCAGGUGAUCUCCUUCCUGUGCUUCAUCGUGGUGUUUCUUGACCGUGCCAGGAUUGAGACCAAGAAGAUCAGCAGCUGCAACGAGGUCAUCAGCAUUUGCAUCUUCGGAAGUGUCUUUGCACUGAACAUCGCCUUGAACAACUUCAGCUUGGGGUACAUCAGCAUUGCAGUGAACCUGAUUAUCCGUUCUUGCCUCCCCUUGACGACCUUCAUGUCUCAACAAGGGCUUGCGAUGUUCGGGCUUUAUCCUCCCAAGCCCUGCCGGGCCAUGGAGAUUGGCUUGAUGACCUUGGGCGUCUUCUUCGCGGCGCUCUUCACCGUGGCCAAGAUCAUGGGUUCCGCAGAGCAUGGCCAUUCGUCCUCGAACAUGGUCUUGGGCGUGGUGAUUUGCAUUUUGUCCCUGCUGUGUGGAUCCCUCAACUUGGCGCUGGCUGGUGUUUUGGGUGAGAUGAAGAUGAGCGUCUACGACACGGUGGCCUACAUGUCGGUGCCAGCGACGGUGUUCCUCUUGCCCUUCGCCAUGUUUCUCAACAAGCCGCUUCCGGGGCAGUGGCCAAAGGUCUUCGACACGCCUGACGCCACGGACUGGCAGAUCUUGCAACAGGUGAUGCACAUUGCUCCGGGGACCUUCGCCCUCUUCGCGCUCAGCGGUGUGUUUUUGGGGUACAACAUCGUGCAGUUCAGCAUCGUGCAUACCCUCUCCCCGUCGGCAACCGCCUUCGGAGGGAACUUCAACAAGGCUGCGCUGGUCUUGUUGACCUUGACCUUGCCUUUCCUGCAGGUCCAUGCACUUCCCGGCAGCCCUUAUAUCGAGGUCAUUUGGUUCGCCGUCAUUGGCAACGUCCUUGCCUUUAGCGCCUACAGCUACCUCCAAAUCCUGGAGAAGGAGAAAGCCAAGACAGCGGCCUUGCCCGAGGAGAAGGUCGGCUUCACCUCCGAGGCCGAAGAGGAUUGGGACUCCGACUCCACCGAGGAGUCGGCGAUUUGUGGCGCUUGA